CAAUUCAACCGAUAUCUUACAGUGAUCAAUCGGAGCCUCUGCGCCGAAUCGGACCGAUGGGCUGCGGGGGGUUGGCCAGAGCCGGAGUCGUGGAAGUCGAUGGAGGGUCUCGUCCGGUGCUCGGCCAACCACGCCCCGCUGUCUCCGAUCAGCUUCCUGGAGAGGUCGGCUAAGGUCCACAGGGACAGGACAUCUCUGGUCUAUGGUCGGUGGAGUGAGUACAGGGGUGAGACUCAUGCGCGGUGCGUGCGCUUGGCUUCCGCCCUGGCCCAGCUCGGGAUUUCCCGUGGGGAUGUGGUGGCCACUUUAGCCCCGAACGUGCCUGCCAUGUACGAGCUGCAUUUCGCGGUGCCGAUGGCUGGCGCUGUUCUCUGCACGCUAAAUGCCCGCCAUGACCCUGCAAUGGUCUCGGUCCUAUUGAGACUCAGGGCGAAGCUCAUCUUUGUGGACUAUGAGUUGUAUGAGAUUGCCCGAAGGGCCCUUGACCUCAUUGGAAAAACCGGAACGGAAUUACCGGUCCUAGUUGUUAUUUCCCAAUUGGAUGGCUCUGAUUCACCCUCUUCUCAUUCCGCUCACGAGUCGUACGAGGGGCUUGUUGCAGGUGGGCGCGAUGACUUCGACGUGUUGAGACCCAAUAGAGAGUGGGAUCCGAUAAGUAUAAAUUACACCUCUGGUACAACCUCAAGGCCUAAGGGUGUGGUGUAUUGCCACAGAGGCGCUUAUCUCAAUUCCAUCUCGACGUUCCUCCUCCAUGGCAUGGGGCCGCCACCCGUCAAUUACCUGUGGACCGUCCCGAUGUUCCAUUGCAAUGGAUGGUGCCUCACUUGGGGCAUGGCGGCCCUAGGAGGCACCAACAUUAGCCUCCGGAAGGUCACUCCAAGGGCAAUUUUCGACAAUAAUCGACAUGGGGUGACCCAUAUGGGCGGGGCCCCAACCGUCCUGAACAUGAUUGUGAAUUCUCCAGCGUCUGAUCGUCAGCCACUUCCCCAUCCGGUGGUGGUCAUGACCGGUGGCUCCACCCCGCCUCAGAUUCUCUCAGGGAUGGCUGAGUUGGGAUUCCAGGUUUCUCACCUAUACGGCCUCACGGAGACUUACGGACCGGGGACAUAUUGUGACUGGAAGCCCGAGGACUCACUGCCGAAUGAAGAGAAAUUUAGGAUGAAGGCCCGACAAGGAGUUCAACAUCUUGGGGACGAGGUUGAUGUUCAGGACGCAAUCACGAUGAGUAGCAUCCCGGCUGAUGGGCAGACUAUCGGAGAAGUAAUGUUUAGGGGAAACACGGUAAUGUGUGGAUACUUGAAAGAUCAUGAAGAGACCAGGAAGGCCUUCGAGGGAGGCUGGUUCCAUAGUGGCGAUCUUGCAGUGAAGCACCCUGAUGGGUAUCUCGAAGUUAAGGACAGAUUAAAGGACGUCAUUAUCUCAGGAGGAGAGAACAUAAGCUCGGUUGAG